AUGGCGCUUCUGAAUCCGAACGACGCCGACGACUCGGAUAGUUCGGACAGCACUUGGUCGCCAGUGCGGGUGCCGAGGCGAUCAGCCACUGUGUCUCCGAGCACCCGCCGCUCCUUCCGUCACGGCUCCACGAGGUUCAUCCGGCCUUCUUCUCGGAGAAAAGAGCAUUUGCAGAAGGAAGAGCGAUGUGAACCUACACUUUACAGACAUACAAAGAGACAGGGAGCAGCAACGAGAACGUCGGCGCAGUAUGGUGAGAUUCCUCGGAGGUUUCAGGAAUUUCACAGAGCUCGUAGGUUCGCGCGAGUCGAGAAAGAAGUGAAAGCCGCCGUAAAGGCUUGAGGAAGACUAACAGCGAACCUAGCGUCGAUUCCCCAACGGUUAAACUUCCAGAAAGUAGUUUGCUCUAUUCCUGCCGUUCUUAGAUCGACGUCCGAACUCUACAGCAGCUGCUUCUUUCUUUGCCAAAGUUCACCAAUUAUGAAGCUAAUAGACUGGUGGAGCAGUUUCUCAGCCAGACAAGACAUUUUUGAGUUCAGAACGAUUCUGACUUUGGUGGAGAGGAUGUGAUGAGUACGGAAAUCGAAGAGCUCAAAGACGCCGCGAAAAGUAUUCAAUCGCUGCAACGCGUGCUUGCACAGCCUUCGCAGCACUCCUCGGAUCUCGGAGGUUGCUAUUCAACUGGAAAUAAAAAAGUAAAAAUAGAAUUUUUGAGCUUAGAAACACUUUUUGGAAGUUUAAACGAAAAAUACAGCCCUAUUAUUUUUUCUCAAAAACCAUGUAGAAAUUUUACGAUUUUACGAUAGUUUUUGAGAGUAAUAUUUUGUAGGACUUUUUUCAUCUAUCUGUUUCUCGCUCUAUGCUAUAGAUUUGUGUUUACAGUUAGGGGAACAAGCAUAAUUUUGUGAAAAGGUGAAGGGGAGAAUAUGAAGAUGAGUUUUGAGUUUCCUUCUUCCAAAACGACAAAACUCUGCGGUGCAUGACUGUGAGUUCAUUUAUGUAAUUUUUUUAUCCUGGAUAAGUUCUCUUAUUCUCCUUCAGUUUAUUCCGAAGCUGACGAAGGCUCUCUAACGACUGAAAACGGGGAAACGCGAGUAUCUGGAAUUUCUACUCGUCUCGGCCAUCCGCGCGGCGUCAUGCAGUUUCUUCCUUCUGUCAGGUAUUCUAAAUCUCAUUUUCCACAAUUUGCAACUCCUUUGUAUUUGGCACGAACUUUUCUAGCUAUUACGUUUUUUACGAUAUUCCUACACCUCGUCAGCGUUCAAAAAAAAAGUCGCAGACAAUUCAGACUGUUUCCGAUAGUUUAAAAUUGUUAUUUACUGCUACUGAAUUUUCGUUAGACGCAAAAACGUGACUUUGAUGGGAUCCAUCAUGAAAUUCAGAAAUGACGACUUUCGACGAUCGUUGUCCAGAAAAACGUCAGAAACAGAGAAUUUUCUUACUCUCGCUGAUUUGGAUGAAAGAUGCUACGAAGCGGUGGCAAGCGUUAGGACGCGUCGACGCGGCGUCGUCGAUCCCAUGUUUGCCCCGGCUCCUCAGCUCAAGGCCGAACGGCCGUCAGAAGCCCUCGUCGGCGUCAGUCGCUUCUCUAAGCUGCUCAACAGCUUCCAAUCAAGGCCCACUUCUCCUGAACAGCAUCCUUCGAUCACCUGGAGUCCCUUCAUGUGUUCAAGCAACGGCGGCGACGACGAAGGACGUAUGGAAGACUCUCUUCACGAAGCGGAUAUUCUUUUGUGGAAGAAAAGGAGCCGAGCGAGUCUCAGAAGACAUAACAGGUUUUGGAAAAGGUUCUGCCGUGAUAUCCUCGUUUUAGUGUCCGUAAUAUGGCUGUUCGCGAGCUUUUCGACACAGAGAAAUCUUUCAUAGAAGGUCUUGAGUACUUGGUGACGGUACGUUUACAGAUAAUAUAAUGAAAACUAGAAAUCUCUGUAUUUUCUUUAGGGUAUUUGAAUUUUUUCAUACUUGAACGUUUCAAAUCAAAAUUGUUCUGCAAGUAUUUUUCUUUAUAUACCUUUUCACAAAGUUUUCUUGGCUCCUCAGAUUGAGAUUUCCGAGAUAACGUCGUAUCAUCAUCAUAUAAGACAUGUAAAUUCAAAAAAAAAAAUUCUUACAUGUUAGAGCGAGUACGAGAAAAUAAAAGUCCAAUGACGUAGUGCGGGCCAGAACUGUAAUAAUAAGUCCAGAAGAAACUGAAAGGUUUUUUUACUAAACACAUUAGAAAAAAAUUAUUAUAUUUGAAACAUUUGAGAGUUUAGAAGAGCCGAAAAACUGAAUUGAUAAAGUUUCAUGUAUAUAAAAAUGAGAAAAAUACUCAAUUUUUCAACGCAAAGAGGGAAUUUUUUUGAUUCUCAGAAAUACAUGCGGCCUCUCCGGCAACCCCUGGAAUGCACACUGAUCGAAGCGCCUCUGGUGGACAAAAUCUUCCACAGGAUUCCCGAAAUCCUCGCCCAUCACCAAGUUCUGCUGGCCGCUCUUAGCGCCAAACUCGAGAAUUGGCACAAGGACUCUGUUAUCGGAGAUGUUCUACUGGCUCAUGUCCGUUUCAUUCAAAACCGCAGAAAAAAAAUGACAAAAAAAAAUAUUAAUAAUAUCAAAUAUUAUUCAGUUUUCCAAGCAGUCCAUGGUAGAAACUUACAUAUCUUUUGUCGACAAUUUCAAGUUCGCCAAAGAGGCGAUUUGCCAAGCAAGACAGAAACAAGCUUUUGAAAAGUACUACAAUGUGAGAGCCGUUUUUUUUUCUAGAAAUCAGUUGAUCUUCAGAGAUGCUGCCGUGAUCAUCAUAACAAACUCGACUUGGACUCUCUUCUUAUUUCUCCCAUUCAACGAGUUCCAAGGUUUUCUUUUUUGUAGUUUUUCCGAGUUUUCCAUAUUUCAGGUAUGAGCUUAUCGUAAACCAAAUGCUGAAACAUACUCCCGUAGAGCAUGAAGAUCGGGACAGACUACUUAGGGCGCAGAGACACAUCCAUCUUUUGGCGGUACCCGAUUCUCUUUUAAGUCAAGCUUGAGUCUUUGAGACCGCCAUCAACCAACACAAAGAGGGAAACGAACAGAUGGAGCAACGUUUGAGAGAGAUCGAAGCCAUUGUAGAUGGACUUGACGACGUCAGUUUCAGUUUUACUUAUGAGUUCAAAACUGAAACUUCAGUUGGUUUCGACGAAUCGCACGUUGCUUCGCUACGACAUUGUGAAUCUUUCGGGCAAGCAGCGCUGCUUUUUCAUGCUUUCCGAUCAACUUUUGUUGACGAGCGUCAAGAAAAAGGCGAAAAUGUCGGUUGGCAAAUUGUCGUGAGUUUUUCUCCUCUCUCAGUCAGUACAGUUGUUUUAAGAUCCCAAUCGAUGGAUUUCUUGGAAAACAAUCGCUUCAAGCUUUUGAUUAAAAUUUCCCUCGAAGACGUACGAAUAUCAAAAGGUGAGAAAGAGCCUAGUAAGACAUCGAAGAAAAUAAUAAUAAAUUAAGACACGCUUAGCCAGCUGCAAGAAGUUGAGCGCAAUUUGGAAACUUCGAAAGAAGACGACCGCGUACUCAAAAAGAUGCUGCAACUCUCGCAUCUGCUCAGAUGCGAUAAAAAAGUGA